AUGAAUAAUACUCCCUCGUUAAAAGACAAACACGGCCAAGACAAGACACAGGAUGCCGACCGGGAAAGUCAGGUUGGUUCGUUGGACAUUGAGUCGCCGCGCAAUCUUCCCUCAACACAACGAGGUCUGAAAGCACGCCAUGCGCUGUUCAUUGCCUGGGGUGGCACUGUUGGGACUGGUCUCUUUAUCACUACCGGCAAGACGCUGGCAACAGGUGGACCAGCCUUCCUAGUUGGGAGCUACGUUGUUGUCUCGAUUCUGGUGUACUUUAUCCUCACGGGCAUCAUCGAGAUCGUAACAUUUCUCCCAGUUCGCGGCGGAUCUAUGAGUCGGUACGGUCGUCGCUUUGUAUCGAGAAGCCUUGGAUUUGCCAUGGGCUGGCUCUACGUGUACUCCUUUGCCGUCCUCGUCCCCUUUGAGCUCACAGCAUGCGCAAUCAUUAUAGACUUUUGGCAGCCCGGUGUCAGCAGCGCCGUCUGGAUAACCAUUUGCUUAGUGCUUCUUGUCGCUCUCAAUGUCCUUCCAGUGCGCUAUUACGGCGAGGCAGAAUUCGUUUUCGCCGGAGUAAAGCUGGCGACCAUUAUCGGCCUGCUUCUUCUCUCGUUUGUGCUGUUCUGGGGAGGAGGCCCGAACCGUAACAGGCUCGGGUUCCACUAUUGGAAAGAUCCAGGCGCAACGAAUACUCUAAUUCUGGAAGGGGAUAUAGGCCGGCUUGUUGCCGUCAUCGCGACUGUCCUUAGCAGUGCUCUGCCUUUUACCUUUACGCCUGAAAUGGUGGCUGGAACAGCAGCAGAGAUCCAAGAGCCUAGGAAGAAUAUCCCCAGAGUCGCGAAACAUUUUACCUGGCGUUUGAUUGUCCUUUUUGUUGGCAGCGUUAUUGGAAUCUCUGUCGUCUGCCCGUCUAACGCACCCACACUGACAAGUGGCAGCGACGCUGCAGCCUCGCCCUGGGUAGCUGGCAUUCGCCUCGCUGGCAUAGGCGGCUUGAGCAGCGUCAUAAAUGCUGUGGCUUUGAUAGCUGCGUGGUCAGCAGGGAAUGCAUUCCUUUAUCUAUCCAGCCGGUCUCUGCACUCCAUGGCUGUGGAGGGAGCCGCGCCGUGCAUCUUUCAACGGUGUACUGCAAAGGGAGUUCCCAUCUAUGCAGUAGCAGCAACAUCUUGUGUCUCGCUGCUGGCUUAUUUGACUCUCAACUCCUCCUCGGCGGAGAUCCUGAACUGGCUGGUCAACUUGGUCAAUACUGGAGCGUUUUUGUCCUGGGUCUGUUGCUCCAUCACCUACCUCCGAUUUCGACGGGCAUGCCAGGUGCAGCAAGUCCUCAAGGAGGAGCUCACGCAGAGAUCCUCUUUACAGCCGUAUACAUCAUGGAUCACCCUCUUCGUUUUCAGCGUCCUUUGUCUGUUGAACGGGUUUACUGUCUUUUUCCCGUCCCAGUGGUCCACUGCGUCAUUUAUAUCAUCGUACAUUGGCCUGCCGGCGUUUUUUAUACUGUAUCUUGGUCAUAGAUUCACUCAUCCGCAAGAUCCCUGGGUCAUCCCCUCAUAUCUUGUGGAUCUACGGCCUGAGGAGGAGCAAGUCUGA